GUUUAUUUUUAGUUAUAUAUAUUUCGAAACGAAUGUUGUUGUUUACCUGUAAUGCAAGCUGUAAGAGAGAAAGGUGACUAUCGACAUGAUUAUUCAAGUCUAAUGGCGACAGAUAAAGUUAAAAAUGAGACUGGUGCAGCCCGUUUCAAAGAGCCAUAUACAGGACCCGGAUGUGCCGGUGGUAUUUUGAUUGGCGUUUCAUAUUUUCUCUGUGUUCUGUUUUUCCCGUUUUCAUUAUGCUAUACCAUCAAGGUUAUUACUGAAUAUGAGAGAGUUGUAAUUUUUCGUCUCGGUCGUGUAUUACCUGGUGGUGCCAAAGGACCAGGUUUACUUUUCAUCUUACCAUGUGUUGAUGAAAUAAAAAUGAUGGAUUUACGAACGGUGUGUCGAGACAUCAGACCACAGAAGAUUUUGACUAAAGACUGUGUGAACAUCACUGUAGAUGCUGUUGUUUACAGUCGUAUAUUUAAUCCAAAUUUAUCAGUAUGCUAUUUUGAGAAUCCACAUCUAUCUAUAAGUAUUAUGGCUGCAACUACACUCAGAAAAACCUUAGGAAAGAGAGACAUGGCUGAAAUAAUAUGUGACAGAAAGAAAAUUGCCAGGGAAAUAACAAGGAAAUUUGACAGACAAACAGCUAACUGGGGAAUUAAACUGGAAAGGAUUGAAAUAAAAGAAAUCAAACUCCCAAAAGAUAUGGAGAGAUCUAUGGCAGCUGAAGCGGAAGCAGCCAGACAAGCACGUGCAAAGGUCAUCACAGCCAAAGGAGAACAAAAUGCAUCACAAGCCUUAAAAGAGGCUGCAGAUAUCAUGUCACAAUCACCUGCUGCCAUUCAGCUCAGAUACUUACAGACACUUAAAUCUGUGGCAGCUAAAAAUAACUCAACCAUUCUAUUUCCUCUGCCGAUGCAACUGUCACAAGGAUAUUCUCACAGCUAAUUCCCAUCAUCAUGACAACGGAUGUUCCAGAAUUUUGCAUGCAAUUUUUGGAAAAAUUACAAAGAACAAUUUUGCACUUUCUCUAUAUAUAACAAUGUGUUUAUACCUCUGUAACCCAUUUGAGGUAUCUGUUGUAUGGGAAAAAAUCAUGAAAAAAAUAUUGCAUUCAUGAAAUGCAAGUGGUAUGAUGCAAAGGUACAUGCAUUUGCAAAACAUGGGUCAUCAUGCAAUGAAAAUUAUGACUUUGAAGACCAACUGUGACCCAGUUUAAGGAACAAGCAUGGUGCAUUUGUCUUCCUGUGGACAGCUUUCCAGUAUGAUCUUAAAAACAAGUUUUAUUUGGUCCAAAGUUAUAAAUAUGUACUGGUCUGAAGUCAGGAAGCAUACAUGUACUAAAAUACACUUAAGUUACUGUCACAUUGAUACAAAAAAUCUCAUUUUGUUCAUUAAAAAAACCUAAUAUGGAAAGAUUUCAGUUUAUAGGUAUCUAUAUCCUAUCUGAUCUCCCAUCGCUCCUGUUUUCUAAAGGUCACGUGGGACGUAUCAGAAAACAGGAGGGAUGCAAGAUCAGUUUUUUAUUAAGAUUAAUGAAAAACUUACUUGGCAUAAAAGUUCUUGAAGUUUUUUUGUCCAGAGGUCAAGAAAACUGUGUCCCUUAACCCUGCAUCUUCAACAAUGGCCACUCAUUAGUAAAAAUAAUCAUUAAA